AAAAUCCCUCAUUUUAGACGACAUGUAUCCGACGCUAGUGUUAAUGUUGAUAGUUGGGGCCUGGAGCAGAAGUGCUAUCAGGCAGGAAGCAAACGAAGCGGACUACAUGCCCAAACAUGACACUAAUUCAGAGGACUACGACCACGAGGCCUUCCUGGGACACGAGAAGAAAGUAGAGUUCGACAGUCUGUCUGCCAAAGAGGCUAAAGAGAGACUUCAAAGAAUCAUCCCAUACCUUGAUGAGGAUGGGAAUGGUCAGAUAUCAGAGGACGAACUCCACGAUUGGAUCAAGAAACAGCUCAUGGCUUACAUUAUGGACGAUGCAAGGAACCUACACGAUGGUAACGAUGUUAACCACGACGGUUUUGUAAGCUGGAAAGAAUACGUGGCGACCACGUAUGGCUUGGGAUUCGUAGAUAACGAACAGCAGGCUCCUGAGGAUGGAGAGUUUGAUUACAGAGAAAUGAUUCUGAGAGACUACAACAAGUUUAUCACUGCUGAUGCUAAUGGAGACCAGUUCUUAUCCUUAGACGAGAUGGCAGCAUUCAUACAUCCCGAGGAGUUCCAUCACACUAGAGACCUCGCUAUACAGGAGAACUUCAAUGAUUUGGAUACAAACAAGGAUGGCUUUGUCUCAGUUGAGGAGUAUAUUACUGAUCUGCUAGCUGAUGAAGAAGACGAACACGUUAACAAGCCAGAAUGGAUAGAGAUAGAAAAACGAAACUUCCUUCAACACCGAGACCUCAACGGAGACGGAAGCGUAGAUAUCGACGAGCUCCGAGAAUGGCUCCAUCCAAACGGAGUACCUCCCGCCUUAGCUGAGGCUAAACAUCUUAUAGCUCUUAGUGAUAAAGAUAAAGAUGGGUUUUUGACGACGGCGGAGAUAGUUAAUAACUUUAGGGUGUUUGUGGGGAGUCAGGCUACGGAUUAUGGCAGGAUGCUUCAUAAUGAGUUGUGAGGAUGGAAAUCUAGUGGAUAAUUAAUGGGAAAAUGAUCCUUCUUUUGGACACGAAAGUUCCAUCUUUUGAAUUUGUGCAGAAAUUUUUAUAUUUUUUAGCAGGACUGAAGUGAUAAAAGAAUAAAUUUGUUUCGAAUUUAAACUACCAGAGAAAUGUUUGUAGAGCCAGAGGCGUGGCCGAAAGUCAGGAUAUCAAAGACUUACAGAUUUUAUCGUGCCAUUUCAUCUUUAUACUAUUCAUGAGCAGCAUUAUUCAUGGUGCCAAUUUAUUGCAUUGAAUGUAUUUGUACAGGUGUUUUUUAUAUGUUUCCAUUUUUCA